GUUUUUCCUGGGAUUAAAUGGGUUUUACUAGGACUAUAUUAUGUUUUUAGUAUCUCCUUUAAAUUUCGAAAUAUUUUGUUCAUGCUUGCAGCUUUUACCAGUAAUUUCAUGGGCAGACCAAUUUGUAAUACGUACAAAUUAUGGAGCCGUCAGUGGGAAACAAAAAUACAUACAUGGGAAAAAUGUCUUUCAAUUUUUGGGAAUACCUUUUGCGAAACCCCCUAUAGGUGACUUACGUUUCCGAUUUCCGGAACCACCUGAUCCUUGGAGUAAUAUAUUGGAUGCAACUAAACCUCCAAACACCUGUAUGCAACCAUUGCCCGAAUCCCAGGAAUUUCUCGAUGCUACUACACGUGUAUGGUUGAAUACUACAAAAAUGAGUGAAGAUUGCCUCUAUUUAAAUAUAUGGACAAGAGCAAAUAAUAAUUAUUCACAUGAUAUUGGUGAUCGAAAACAUAUGAUGCUUGAAAGUAGCGCUAUAUUUGGUCCUAAAGGUGGUCGACCUGUUAUGGUAUGGAUACAUGGUGGAAGUUUAAUUCGAGGCUCUUCAUCAAUUGAAAUGUAUAAUGGAGCUUAUUUAGCAGGAAAAAUGAAUGUUGUUGUCGUCAGUAUACAAUAUCGGCUAGGACCAUUAGGUUUUCUCUAUUUAGGAAAUGAUGAAAUACCUGGAAAUCAAGGUUUAAUGGAUCAAGUAGCUGGAUUACAAUGGGUUCGUGAAAAUAUAGCUUAUUUUGGAGGAAAUCCACAACAAAUUACACUUUUUGGUCAUUCCGGUGGUGUUAUCUGCGUUGCUCUACAUUUAAUCUCUCCAAUAUCUAAUCAUUUAUUUCAACAAGCAAUAUUACAAAGUGGUUCACCAUUAGCAUGGUGGGCUGUUGAAAGUUCGCAUACAGCUUUAGAAAAGACACGUUUAUUAGCACAAUUAAGUGGUUGUAAUGCUGUAACUGAUUCAAAUGGUCAAUAUUCUAAAGAAUUAGUAAAAUGUUUACGAAGUGUAGAAUCAGAAACAUUAGUUAUCAAUCAAUGGCAUAUGCAUUUAUUACGUAAUGGAGAGAAUUCUUCAAGAACUAAUCAAUUAAAAAAAUUAUACAGAAAUAGAGCAAGUCACCAUCUUUUAAGUACCGCUGGUUAUUAUUUUGAUGUGCCAUUUAAACCAGUAGUUAGUGCUCCAUUUUUACCUGAAUGGCCAUAUGAAGUAUUAGGUUCAGGCAAAUUGAAUAUUCGUCAUCGUAUCAUGUUGGGUGUCAAUAAAGAUGAAGGCAUGUAUCAUCUUGUACAAAGUUUAAGAAUGUAUUUUAUGUCACCUGGUUUAUGGCCACAAAUGCCAAGAGAAUUUCGUCAUGAUAUAGCGCUUAUGGAUCCUCUAGAUUUGUUAGCGUUUUAUAUAAUGGAUGAAAAUUUCCUUCAGUCAGUUUUGUUACAAGCUACUGUUUUUGAAUAUCAAAUUCCUAGCCGAGCAUUAGGCACUGGUAGUUGGACAUCAUUAGAAGUUGUGAAAGCAUUGAAUGAAGUUGGUGGAGAUUACAAUAUAAAAUGUCCAGUUGUUGAAUUUGCUGACUUCUAUUCCCGUGGACCUAAUGCACAGGUAUUUCUUUAUUCAUUUGAACAUCGUACAACUGGUUUAACAUGGCCUGAAUGGACUGGUGUUAUGCAAGGUUAUGAAGCUGAAUACAUAUUUGGUGCACCAUUUAAUCAAGCAUUUAUUGAUCAUUAUUAUAAUUUCACAUUAGAAGAAAAACGUUUAAGUGAAGAAAUAAUGCAGUUUUGGACAAAUUUUGCUUCAACAGGAUCACCAAAUUUAAAUCCUGGAGAAUUUCAUACACGUAAUAAAGAACUUUAUUGGGAUCGAUAUGAAACAUAUUCACCACAAUCUGUAGCAGUUCUCAGUGAAUCAUCAUCAUCAUCAUCAUCAUCUUCUUCUUCAUCAUCUUCACCAUCACUGGGGAUAUCAGGAGUAUCAGUAUCAAGUGUAUCAUCUUCAGAAAUUUCUUCAUUUAAAACACGAAAUGAUGAUUCACGUAAACAUAUGGUUUUUACAUUGCCACGUUCAUAUAUAAGUAAAAAUUUACGUAGACAUUAUUGUAUGUUUUGGCGUGAACAAUUACCAAUGUUAAGAGAACGGAUUUUAUAUAAUUCCGCGUGUAAAUCCCGUCAACCAACUACACAACAUGAAAUGACUGGUAAUAUAAACAAACAAUCUAUUGAAUCAUUUGGUACAUUAUAUCCAAAUAUUAUUAAAUCAUCUGAAUUAAAUACAACUAAACGUAAUCAAGCAUCAUAUAAUUUACAAUUAAAAGUUAAUUACAUUUUAAGCUUAUAUAUUAUUUACUAUUACUGUUACUACUAAUACUUAUUACUACUGACUUGGUAACAUUUUAAUGCAAUUCAAUCGGUUGUUACUGUUCUUUCAAUAUUAUUAUUAUUAUUAUUAACCAGUUGAGAUUCUAUCCCUUUCAUUGUUUCUAUGGUUGUGAUUAACUAUGACUAUGAAAUGAUGGUUGUGACAAAAAGAAAAUAAUAUAGAUCCAAUAUCAUAUUUACAUUUUCUAUUCAUCAUCAGUUGUGAUUUCUUCUCACUCUCCUUCCCUCUCCCUCCCCUCUCUCUCUCUCUCUCUCUCCAUCGUUUGUUUGCUUAUUGUCACUAAUUUUUUUUUGAUGGAGGAAGGGGGGGAGGAUUGUUUUUAUUUCAAUGCAUAUUUACGAUUAUUCUUUUUUCUUGGAUUUAUAUUAAAUCAUUUUCUUCUUGGUAAUGUAACAUUGAAAUCUAAAUGGUUGUGAACACAUUUCAAUGAUGAUUUUGACGAUGCAUUUAAAUAGGCUAUUGGGAGGGGGUGACGGAGAGGGUAUUUCCCUUUGUAAGGUUGUGAAAAUUAUUAUUAUUAUUAUAUGUUCAAUUUAUUACAUGCAUUUCAAAUAACCAGAUUUGUUUACAAAUGAAUUUCUUUGUUUGUUUUUUUUGUUAAUCAUCUAAUGUUGGAUUUUUGAACAGAACUAUUUAUUAUUAGUCAGUAUUAUUAUUACCACUACUUAUAAUACUUAUUUCAGUAGUAUAAAUAUAUAUAUACAAAAUUGGUUGUGAAAAGAGAUUUUGGUUGUGAAGAAAAAUUUUCGGUUGUGAACAAUAGCCUCUCUCUAAUUGAAUCGUUUUUAUUUUAUUUCCCAUUUCAUUUUUGAUCCGUGUAUUUUUUUUGUGUUUUGUUUAAAUUGAACUUUAUUAUUCAGAUAAAAAAUUUUUGAAAAACAAAAACUUAUCGGUAACCGACAGUUUGGUUUUUUUUUGUUAAUUACAUAUUACCUGCUUAUCCGUUGUGAUAAUUUUUAUCUUUGUUCAUUGAUUUAUUAUGAUAUUAGUAACAAUAAUAAUAAACUAAUAAGUAAUGA